UAUUCCCACUGCCUGGAGUGAACUACCAACAAGGGCUCCGACUGUCAACGGAGGAUGUCUGUGGCGCAGCGCAGAGAAAUGAUUUAAACCUAUUCAAGAUACAUGUAGCAACUGUAAAAGAGUUGUUGUCGCAUCAGUGUAAAGAGCUCAUCAGUUUGUUUGUUAUUAGCAAUUGGAACAGAUAUAACAUUUACACAAAUUGCCAUACAACAUCACCGUGCGCUGACGGACAAUUACGCGCAGAAGUUGCGUUGCGUAAUCAUGAUAAUCAUCGCGGAUGGCUGUGUUUCAUGUUCUUGGAUUAUGCGUACAAGCUUGUAAUGAUACCUGGUCAUCGCCUUUCCUUCGUCUACAGUGGAGAAGAAAAGUAACAAAGGGACGCACAUGAUGAGAAGCGCGGGGUUGUUGCUUGGCUACUUUUUGGUGAAAGUUCUUGUAUGCGACGCGGAGGGGGAGCCAGGGCAGAAGCUGGACGGCUUUAUUAUGGUACCAACGGGUACCAACGAGUCAAAAUUGAACAGAGAGAAUAGUGUUUCGGAGAGUCCGCAUACAGAGGACAGGUGCCGGGGUUAUUACGAUGUGAUGGGCCAGUGGGAUCCGCCGUUUGUGUGCCAGACGGGCAGUUACCUGUACUGCUGCGGGACCUGUGGCUUCAGAUUCUGCUGUGAGUUUACAAGCUCGCGGCUGGACCAGACKACCUGCAAAAACUAUGACACCCCGCCGUGGAUGAUGACAGGCAGACCCCCGCCUAAGAAAAAAGACCCCACUCACGACCCCACAAAGGAUAAGACAAACUUAAUUGUGUAUAUAAUAUGUGGAGUUGUUGCCAUAAUGGCCCUCGUUGGGAUUUUCACAAAACUUGGACUUGAAAAGGCGCACCGUCCACACAGAGAAAACAUGUCAAGGGCUCUAGCCCAGGUGAUGCGCCAGCCUGGUCCAGGAGAACACUCAGAAGACAUUGGAGUGCAUGGACAGCACUAUGACAAUAUGCAAGCCAACAGGGUACCUGCUAACAGUCUCCAGGCUAACCAGAUGAACAGUGUGGGUCCAGGAUCAUCACUAAUGCCAGGCUUAGGGUCUCCUCCCCACCCUUACCCUUCCAUGGGACAGAUCACUAGCCCUUAUGAGCAACAGCAACCUGGGAAAGAGCUCAAUAAGUACGCCUCCCUCAAGGCUGUCGCGGAGAAGGUUAAUGACAACUUCUACACCAACCGGCGGCACAUGGCAGAGAUGGCAGCCAAGGGCAGUCUCCCUAUGCACCCGAUGCAUCGCAUAGAGCAGGAGCCCAGCAACCCCUACAGCCCUCCCUUACAGCCUUCCCUAAAGCAGAACGGACACAAGUCCAAAAGCACCAAGGGCCACAGCAGCCACAGCAGCAGCUCCCAUACCCUGGCCUAUGGCUCCAACACAAUCGCCAACCCGGGGAUGCAGAAGAACUGGGACGGCUCAGAGACGGUGGGCCGCCGGCAGAGCCACGGCACUAAGAAACACUGCACCAUAGAGCAGGUGAACGAGAUGCACAGCACCUCGCGCAGCCAGCACUACAUGCCCCCGCAGCCCUACUUUGUCAGCAACAGCAAGACAGAAGUGACUGUCUGAUCUGAGAGCCCACUCCACCACCAUAACCACUAUAACCCCAGCUGCGAGAGAGAGAGAGAGAGAGAGAGAG